AUGUCCAUUUCUGAAGAAACUCGCGUCGAUUAUGAUGAAGGAACUCGUGAUGAAGAAACUCACCAGACUUAUCCGGGAUACGAUGAACUCGUCUCCUAUUUAACGAACCAAGCAAUUAAAUCUUUUCAAGGUUUCCUCUUCCGUCUCCAAGAAGUAGUUCUUAGCUCUUCCUCAAAUACUUCUUGGAAGAACCUUGAUCAUUAUUGGUUCAACCGCUUUAAAAGCAGCAUACUUGUUGCUAGAUAA